AGACUGAGGAUCCCGUCAGAGCCUGGGAGCCCGGCGGAUCCAGAGGAGACAGGAGGAGGCAAACCGACUCAGUGAUAAUGCUGUGAAGGCCAACAGUCUGCCGGGCUUUCCUAAUAUCCUGAUCAGGAUUCAAACGGGUUCGAGGAGACGGUCUUCUCAGCACCAUGGGAUCAUCCAGGGAUAAGGUUUCCCUUUUCUCAGGGCUUCUGGUGUUGGUGCUGUGUGCCGUCUCAUCUCUGUGCCAAGAGGAAUACUCGGGAUACCACUCAGGAGAGACGGAGAAACACGUCUAUGAAGAGUCGUCUGCAUUCGACCACUAUGACAGGAGAGGCUCCCAUCAUCCUGAGUAUCAGCCUGAGCCCACUCAGUUCUAUGAUGAGGACUCCAACCCAACCAGGGUCACCAUGAUCACUGAGGACGUCUUUCCUUUUGCUAAAACCACAGAGUCCCACUACGCCAAGGAGGACACAGAGACCAUGCAGGGAUCCAGAGGCCUGCAAGGUCAAACAGGCCUGCCUGGUAUUCAAGGAAGAGAGGGAUAUAAAGGAGCUAAAGGAGUUCGGGGAAGAGGAGGAGACACCGGACCAGUUGGCGAUGCAGGACCCGAAGGAGAAGAAGGAGCUUCAGGUUUCUCUGGGGGGAUGGGUGAACCUGGACUUCAGGGAGAGCCAGGUGAACCUGGAGAGCUUGGUCUGAAGGGGGACAUCGGUAUGGAAGGUCCCCGAGGAGGAGUUGGAACUGCUGGUGAGCCUGGGCCUCGUGGGGACCCAGGCUCUUCAGGAUCAAGAGGAGGUAAAGGCAUGAAGGGGUCUCGAGGCGACCCGGGUAAGCAAGGCCCUCAGGGAAAAGAUGGACCCAAGGGUCAGACAGGAGCUCCCGGAUUUCCCGGUGACAUCGGAGAGAGAGGCUACUCUGGUUAUCCAGGACAAAGAGGACCUGCUGGACCAAACGGACCAAAGGGCCCUAAGGGUUUAGGAGGUUUUCCAGGAAGUGAUGGUGACCCUGGAGAGGAUGGUCCGACGGGUGUCACAGGUUCAAUAGGAGAACCAGGACAGUUUGGUGUUAAGGGCAAUAAAGGUGAUCGUGGUGUGCGGGGACCCCGCGGUAGAGAGGGCCGAGUGGGAGAUCAAGGAGAACCUGGAGAUGCUGGAAUACCAGGAAAACAUGGACCCAAAGGUCUUCAGGGUCCAAAAGGGGGCAAAGGAGAGACAGGACCUGACGGGGUGAAGGGGGCAGCUGGGACGAAAGGUCUCAAGGGAGAGAAAGGCCAAAAGGGAGGAAAGGGUAACCGUGGAGACAAAGGAGAGCGAGGACCAAAGGGCGCACUUGGCCGUAUCGGCGUCCCGGGUCCUGUUGGAUCGCCUGGUGGCCCUGGCCCCAGAGGAGACCGCGGUCCAACCGGUGAUCCCGGUGGCAGGGGCCGAGCAGGACCGAAAGGAGUUCUAGGUCCAGCUGGUCCUGGUCUGACGGACGAGCAGGUCCUACAGCUCUGCCAAGGCGUGGUCACGGCCCAGUUGGCCCAGUACGCCGCAUCAAUCCGGGCCAAGUGCACCCAGGGCUGCCCCAUCAACAACCGGACUCUGAUCGGCCCUCCAGGGGCCCAAGGACCACCGGGAUCACCUGGCAAAGCUGGUAAAGCAGGAAAACCUGGAGAAAAAGGAGCCCGAGGUGUUCAAGGUCAAAGAGGGCUGGAGGGGCAGAAAGGAGCCGAAGGCAGCAGAGGUCCAAAGGGAGCCAAAGGCAUCCCAGGUGAUCCAGGUAAAGGCCUGCCGGGCCCCGACGGACCACAGGGACCCAGAGGUGAGCCGGGUUACCCAGCAGAACCAAGGGACGGGACUGCGGGUCCACGUGGGCCUCGUGGUUUCCCCGGCCCGGUAGGGUCACCUGGUAUGGUCGGGUUCCCAGGCGUCCCGGGAUUUUGUGAGAUGAGGGACUGCGGUAUCUAUGCGCCGGUGAUGCGCAAAGAGCAGGGCCUGGUGAAAGGACCUGCAGCUUUAAACAUCUGAUCCUGAACUGAAGCUCUGUGUCAUGGCAGGACAGAACUUCUGCUUUCAAUGGCACAUUUAUCUCAGAAGCGAUUUGCAUUAAAAAGCUUUUGGGGAGGAAACUACCCAGAAGAAGAAUUGGCUGCAGGCUGAUUCACUGAGAACCAAAUAAUCAAAUCUUCCAUGUGAGCAAGAAUCCUGCACAGCUAAUUUAAAUCUAAACCUGGAAACCGUUCAGUUUAUUCUAUUGUAAUCUUAGGAAAAAGUAAGUUAUUCAUGAAAGAUUCCUCCUUCAAGUUUAGUUUUGUCUCCUUUAAAUAAUAGGAAAUCAGAUUGUAUGUAAAUAACAUGUAAAGAGUCUAAAGUUCAUGUGCUGAAUUUCUUUUAUUUUUUGUUAGAUAAACUCUAAUCUUUUUUUUUUUACCUGAGUGUGAAGACUAAGCUGUUAUUUCUCAUUUACUCACAUUAAAUUCAUUUGUUUCUUUAAAUUAUAUAAUCGAUCCCCCACCUAAAGUUUAAGCCUAACUUUUAACCAUUUGAUGUCAUGAAAUGUGCAAAAAGUGAAUUUUAUGGAGACAUGACAUUGUCUUGCAGA